CAUCCAUUGAAAGUACCACAAUCCACCGCCACCAUGAUGCGCACUUCGAUCACCAAGCUCGCCCGCCCGGCGCUGCUCUCCCGCACCUUCUCGACGACCGUCCGCGCCAUGUCUGCCGGCGACACCGGUGCUCCGCCCAAGACCGGCGGCCAAGGCGACGCCUUCCAACGGCGCGAGCGUGCAAACGAGGACUACGCGAUCCGGCAGCGCGAGAAGGAGAAGCUCAUGGAGCUCAAGAAGAAGCUGGCCGAGCAGCAGGCGCACCUGCAGCAGCUGUCGGACCACAUCGACGAGAUCACCAAGGAGCAAGGCGGCGAGCAGAACUAAGAAGCGAGCGAGCGAGCGCGCCUUUUACCCUCGAGAUCAAUCCCACUCCUUAACGGAGAUACCAACGGGGCCACGUUUUCAAUGCCAGGGUUCUGUGGCACGGGGGAACCAACCUGAACGAAGGCGGAACGGAAGAGCGAGAUUGGUCCAGCGACAAUAGUCUGCCAUUGCCGUUGUCGUUGUCGUUCAAGCCAUUGGUUACUGCACGACAAGCAUAUCAACCUCCAUUCCUGCUCUCUGCUCCGCGGGGCCAAAUCUACCAUCACCACUUUGUACAAUACAAUAUGCAGGCUCUUGCUACCAAA